UGAUAAGAAAUGGCAGAAAUCGAAAAGUUCAGUUUUCCUUUUCUCAAGUUGAAAAUUAUUCCAUAAGUUUUCCUUGAAAGCAGUGAAAAAUUAAUGUUCCCCUAGUCUCCAGCCGUUUGUAUAAGAAGUUUUUGGCAUUUUUUGGUUUAUGGCGACGACUGGGACUCUAGCGACGACCGACGGAAGGUUAUGUUGUCGUGUCAACCUGUUGAUAACGUGAACCAUACCACCAUAUGGGCGUAUGGGAUGGGAAAGUUUUCAGAUUGAUAGAAUGAUAUUCGACAAUAAUCCAGAGUUUAAAUUUUUUAAUGAUUAAUGUGAUUUUUUCCAUUUUUUAUUUCCAUUCAAAGUGCAUCUUCCUCCAGUAGUUUUGAUUAAAUCAGCAAAUCUCUUGGCGUAAUCAAACAUCCUUCCCUCCGCUCAAAAUUUUUGCUUUAACUCCUCAGCACCAAAGUGCCAUGGGAGCAACACAUAAUAAUUUUAGAAGAUUUUCUUCUAGAUUUUAUCGUCUGAGGCUAUUCUUUAUUCAAGAGUUUACCAGUCCGCAUUGACAGUCUUUCAAGCUCAAGUAUCGUCGUCAGAUCGUUCCUCGAUCAAGUCAAAACUACUCAUCUCAAUCCUCAUUCUAGUCCACCAGUCAAAUCUUAACUAUGGAGUACUAUGGCCUCAAAUAUUCUAGUCGCGCCCUCCUCAUCUAUUGUUUUUCGUUCUUGUUGUUUUCGAAAUGCAAAGCCCAUAAGCUCUCUGCAGAUAUUUCAGAAAAUGGAAUUUCAGGAAGAGUCGUCUUCAUGCACGACAAUGUUGAUAAUAUCAUAAGGAUUGAAUCCACCAUUUCAGAAAAAAAUUCCGAGCUGGAUGCAUCAACCAAAUGGUCAUGGAGUAUUCGUGCGUACCCUGUUGAUUACAGACGUUUGAGUGGGAGGUGUAGUUCCCAAUAUCUUGGAAAUGAAAUCAUCAAUUUGAACAAUCUAUUCCCACAAUCUCCAGUAAAUUCUACACCUGUAUAUCUAUCUGUAGCAUCUAACAUAUUACCACUUCUUGGAGAGCAAGGAAUAUGGGGCAGGUCAUUGCUAUUACGUUCUAACGAUGGCCGAGUGGCGUGUGCUACUAUUGUCAGUCAUCAAGAAGGCAACUUGGAGGUGGCAUCUGCAAAAUUCACAUCCUCGGUCAUUGGAUCCGUUUAUUUUUACUGGUUAGGUAUAACUGGGUCCUUUUAUGAUGCAUUUAUCUACGCUGACUUGGUGUCAGCUAAAAAACAAGAGCCCCUGUCAUUACACAAGUGGAAAAUUUUUGUUACGGACAUCCUGGACUCAGAAGCAGAUAAAGCUCGAGAAUCAUGUGACUCACUGCAAAUAAUAUAUUCAUCAGCAAGUGGAUCCGGAGAUUUAGACACAAAACUGGGCCCCAUUCCGGUUGGAGCACCUGUGAUGUUCCGUGAUCCGACAAUCAGUAGACUUGACCUACAUAAACAACAACAUAGCUUCUACUUAGUAAUUUAUGAUCACAUUCAUACUGGCAGCUACUUGACUUGUGCUAAAAUAAAUCUGCUAAAACCCAUCACUUUGAAGUCUCUAAUCAGUCACGCUGGGAAACGCGGAGAAGUGGUUUUGCAUCAACAGUCUCCAUUCGACCCAACUCUAAUCAAAGUGAACCUGUCAUUGAACUCAGAUCCUGCUUUCGGUGGAUUUCGAAUUCAUUCCUCUCCUGCCUAUCCUGCCUCGGUUGCUAGCUCAAAAUCACUUCAGUGCCUUGGCAGUCAAGAUGUUUUUAAUCCAACGGACAAAAAAAUAAAAGAUGAAGCGUUGGCUUAUGGUGCAGGAACUCAAAAUGAAUAUGCUGUAGGUGACUUGAGUGGGAAGGUCGGAUAUGAAGAUGGAACCUUUUGGGAUGUCUUUCUUCCGUUAUCUGGUCAACAUAGUGUUGUGCAUCGUUCCUUGGCCCUGUACAGAAAUUCGGCGGAUGGAUUUGAGGAACCUUGGGCCUGCGGUCUUCUAACUAGAUUUGCGGGUAUAAACUCCACUCUUAAAGUACCUCUCUCCUCGGCAGAAGUCACUUUUCAAUAUCCACUAGCAGGGCGAAUCAUGUUUCGCCAGUCUCUCGAUGAACCUCAGGCAGAUACUACCAUAAUUGUUGAGUAUUUGGUGCAUUCUGAUGGCACAUCCUUGAACGAUACGAAAGACCUCUCUUGGCAAAUUCAUGAAAAUCCACCGGGGAAAGAUUUCUAUAAUUGGACUGCCCGCUGUGUUAGUGCUGGCAAACUGUUCGACCCGCACAAAAUCAGUAUGUUCAAUAAGAAGUCCUUCUGUGCAGCUGGUGAUGAUCGCAAAUAUUGUAGUGUAGGUUCCAUUUCCACACGGUUGGGGACAAUCUCAAUCGCUGGUCACAAAGCCAGAUCCUUGGACAUCAGUCGAACUUUAUUUAGCGAUGAAAACUUACCUUUAACUGGACAUGGAAGUAUCAUUGGUAGAUCUCUUGUCAUUUUUGAUCCUAAUGGACCCAAAGCCAGAGGAGAUCGUUUAGCAUGUAGCAAGAUCAUUGCCCUCCACCGAAGGAAAGGUGUUGUUCGAGAUUGGUUUGGUAACGGUCACACUAACUCUAUCAGUGGUAAAAUUGAAUUUUUCCAAAUGACAGAAUAUGAUACAGUAGAUGUUGAAAUGGAUCUGGAGAAUCUCAGUGAUAACGGUGGUUACGGAAUUCACAUUGCUCCAGUUGAAGAAGAACUUGAAUUCCCAUGUGAGGAUACAAGCUUAAAUAGUCGCUACGACCCCUACAAUAGUCUGCAGAAUCUGUUGCCCGGAUUUGGUACUCCUGAUCAGUAUGCUGUCGGUGAUUUGAGUGGAAAAUUUGGUACACUAGACGGGUCAUCAAUGGCACAUCGCAGCUUCAAUGAUUCAAGCCUCCAAAUUUUUGGGCAGCUGAACGUGAUCGGAAGAUCAGUUGUUAUAUAUACAAGUGUGAAAAAAAAGAGGUGGGCCUGUGCCACUAUUGAAAGAGGCUAUGCCCCCUCAGAAGCAAGAGAGCUUCGAGCAAUUGCCUCGUUUCACCAUCCAGAUGGAUUUGCUUGGGGUUACAUAAGAUUGACUCAACUGGUCCACAAUGACGGAAGCAAAAGCGACACAAUCAUCGAGGUGAAACUCAGGCAUCCUGGUGACAAUAACAGGAAUGUUACAAUGAACCACAACUGGGCAAUUUACGUGAACCCAGUUGGUGUCGAUGCAGCUGUGAAAGUUCUUCAUACACGUUGCACUGCGGCUGGAUAUAUUUGGAACCCAGCAUUCACUCAGUUGGCUGACCCUCUCAAUCGUGACCUGUAUAAACAAGAAUGUGGACCGACGAAUCAGUUACGUUGCUAUGUUGGAGAUCUGUCUGGUCGCCUGGGUAAAAUCGAUAUCGGACUUGGGAGGAAAGUUUUCACAGAUUCAAAUUUUCCUCUAGAGGGUCCAAUUGCCUCUUCCGCAAUGGGGAAGUCAAUUGUUAUUUUGAACAAGGAAGGCGGAGAAGAAAGGUUUGCAUGUGCUAACAUUGAACCUGACAAAGACAUUAUUAAGUAUGCAAACAUUAAGCGAAAUCCAAGAUUCGAUGUGUCUCAGUUUUUGAAUGACGUACGCGCUGUGAUGGGAAUACCUGAAUGGUUUCUGACUAUUGAUCAUCGGAAAACAAAGAUCCUCCAUGAUGGAGCCUGUAUUCAGUUUCUCUUUCAUUUUAAAGGCCCGGAUGUAAACAGACUUGAGCAAGAUUUUAGUCAUCUUCUCAAUACUGGUCGUCUCGAUGCACCCAGCAUACAUAUUCACGGGUACAUAAACACUAAUCGGAAAAACACCAUAGUUUACCAAUCCUGCGGUGUCAAAGACUCCAAAGAUGACUUCAAAUCAGGGCCCAAAAAUAAGCUGUUCUCAUACUCAAUAGGCAGGAGUUCAGUUACAAUCACCUGUAACUAUUUGUUACUGCUUUUAGUUCCUCUUAAUUUUUAUUGGUUUUAAUUAAAAUUCUCACAACUGUUUUACAAGUUCAAACAAAACUCACUUUUAAUAAGGCAUUUCAAUCAGUUUAGAUAAUAUUCUAGUUAAAAUAUUUUUUUUACUUUUAUAUAUUUUCAUUUAUUAUUUACAUCUAUGUAUGCUGUAGAGUGAAUCUUUGGCUCUGUCACAAUAUUAUUAGUUAUCAUCAUUCGCUGUAUUUGGGUGCCUUUUCAAGUGGCUACUAAGGCUCUAUUAAAGACUCUUUGCAGUCUGAUGUGUUGCCCUGCAGUCUGAUUCUUUAAAUUUUAUGUUUGUCAACGGAACACGGCACGAUUAAGGAGGAACGGAGUCGAGUAAUUUGUCGGCUUUUUCAGUCGCCUUCUUUGUCGGGGCUCCUUUAGGUGGAUUUGAUGACAAAGUAUCAGGAAUUCAAGAGAUGACUUUAGCUUCUAGUUGAUUCCAACCGAUUUACGCAUGACAAAGAAGGAGACUGUUACAGUCAACCAAUGACAUAACUCCAUUCUUCCUCAGUCUUGUCCUUGCAGUAGGUUCAACAAUCAGGCUAUGUCCACACCUUGAGUGCCAAAAGUAGGCAUCAGUUUUGCUUCUGGGACAUUAACUUUGCCACAAAAUAUUAGGCCAUAAGAAAUAUGCCCAGAAUAGUCAGUAGCAUGCAUUUGUCCAGCUCCUUCAUGCUUUAUGACAUAAUUACCGACAGCUUGACCAGAUUACUUCCACAAGAAAAUCCUUCAAAACCAUUUGCAGCAGUAGUCGUAUAGACUAUCUUAGAAGUAGCUCUUACUUCUAUUCUCGUGUAAUGAUCAAAGUAGAAAGAAGUUAAUGAUAGCUCUCCAAUUAAUUAGUGAAUUUGUGCAAUAUUUUUUUUUUACAAGCCAUUAGGCUCAUUAGGUUUUUUGAAUACUCAUUAUUAUAGGAAAAUCUAGGCAGGUAGUGUAGUGUCUAAAUAUCUAUCAAAAGAUAGAAUUUUUCGGCUUUUAUUUCCCAGCAGAAUUUUGUGGGCCCAGCAUUAUUCUAUUAUUCUGUUGCAGUAUUCAGUCCAAAUUUUUAUUCCCCCCCCCCUUCCCUAUGUCUAUCAACAGACAAGGUACUCAAUUGAACGUUGCUCUUGGAGUCAGUUUGAAGCGAACUUUAUGUGGUUGUUGAGACUCUUGUCUAUCAAAUAAAUUAAAUAUUUUGGGGUAAUGCACUUUUCCUUCAUAGAGAGAUGAUUUUUACUGCUUUAAAGACUACAGUAUGUAUAUCAAAAGCUCACUAGUUUUUAAGAAAUCUGAUAAAGAGGCAAAAUGCAAACAAAUUGCUUUGGACCAAUUUUUCUGCUGUUGAAUUUCCUCUCCUAAGAAUUGUUGACAAUUUUUUGUGCCUGUUUUGUUAUUUGUCAUAACUUGGCCUCAUUGGAGCCAUUCACAGAAGGCACAUAGCAGAGUUCGGAUUUUUGACCCAAGCAUCACAUGUCUUAUGAGCGGUCCCUUAUCAUGCAUGUAUUGUGUUUUUGGUUUUAAAACGUUUCAAAACUAAUGGGUGUAUUUUUUUUUAUUCUUCGACUGUGAAAGUCAUAACAAAUAUGUUUAACACUGCAGAACAUAGUGGAAGUUUCAAUUUUUAGAUAAAAAAAUUGAAUCAAAUCUGUUCAACUUGUAGAAAUUCAUGAGGAAUUGACCGCUUAUAAAUGUCAAACAUUUUUGUCAGUGAUGUCCUCAUAUCACUAUUAUAGGCGUACGCCUUCCUUUUCUCCUGAGGAGAAGAUCACGCUAGGAGAAUCUUCCCUGGCUGAUAUGCUUAUGCUACAGAUAAUACAAUAACAUUCAGUUAUAUCUCACUCACUGUUUUUAAGUACUAACUUCUUCUCUUUUUUUGGCUUUUUUGGCCAAUUUCUGUCUUGUAAUUUUUUUGUCUCUUGACUAAAUUUGAACUCAAGAAUUUGUUGUCUUUUAAUCAAUUGAUACCUAUUUCCCUUUCCCCUCCUCUUUAAUAUAAUUUGAAUGGGUAAAUGGUGAUUUCGUAUUAUAAUGGUACCUCAUCAUUUUGUAUGAAUUUCAAAGAAUCCAAAAUUUUUAUAAUCUUUGAUGGAAAAAUUUAUUUUUACAGUUGCUCUCUUCAUGUACCUACAGCUUUUUAAAACAAAACCUGUCUCAUUCCUUUUUCUUUGCUCAAAUUGGCGUGUAUUAUUAUAAGAAUUUAGGAAAGUUUGUUAAUUAUUGUGAUAAUACUCACUGAGCUGAGUCGAAUUUUGUUGAAUAAAUAUUUAAGUAUUAUAUCGCA